GUUGUUUAGUCAUGUACGUAGUUUAAUCUUGUUUAGUGCUUUCAAUUUUUGCAGAAAUCGAAAUUCUUCGUCCAAAAUGUUCAGCAUUGAUGUGCCAAAAGAUGAUCUUGUAAAAAGAAUUGAGACAAAUCUUAUGACAGAUUUUGUGAAGAUAUCAAUAAAUGAUGAUCAAUCACAAUUUUGCAUAAUGCCUAAAAAAUUCGUUGAUCAAGAUCUCGAAAGAAUUAAGUAUAUGGAAGUAUUUGAGGACGACAUUUGGGUAGUGACAUAUCCGAAAUGUGGAACAACAUGGGCUAUGGAAAUGAUUUGGAUGAUUUGUAACAAUCUUGAUUAUGAAACGUCAAUGAACGUUAAUCUUGAAGAUAGAUUUCCAUUUAUGGAAUUGAGUGGAAUUGCCACUGGAUUUCCAACAGAUUCCUUUGAGUUUUGCAAAAAUAAGCCUAGACCACGUUACAUCAAGACUCAUCUUCCAGUAUUUCUCUUACCCGAUCAAAUGUGGACUGUUAAGCCAAAGAUAAUUUACGUAGCCAGAAAUCCCAAAGAUACAGCUGUAUCAUGGUUUCAUCAUCACAGACACAUGCAUGGAUAUGAAGGGACAAAAGAAGACUUUAUUGAAGCAUUUGUAAAAGAUUUGAUGAUGUAUUCUCCAAUGAAUGAACACAUUACUGAAUUUUGGAAGAUCCGGAAUGAACCAAAUAUUUUGUUCCUGUUUUUUGAAGACAUGAAGAGAAAUUUGGACCAAGAAGUCAAAAAAGCAAUGAACUUUUUAGGUAAAAAUUAUUCUCAAGAAGAGAUUGACAAGCUUUGCAAGCAUUUGUCAUUCGAAUCAAUUCGUGACAAUAAAAUGAUCAACAAAGAAGUUGAAUUGAAGAAAUUGAUGGAAGCAUCUGGAAGAGAUCCAUCAUUGAAUGAAUUCAAUUUUGUCAGGAAAGGACAAGUUGGUGGAUAUAAGAAGGAAUUAUCAGUUGCAGAGAAUGAAAAGCUUGAUGAGUAUGUGGAGUGUCCCAAAUUGGACGAAGCUCAGUUUGAAUAUAAAUUUUAAAAUGAAAUUUCCAAUCUAUUUCAAAAUAAUCCUUGCUUAUUGCUGCACACAACCAAAAAGUUAUUAUGCAAUAAAAUAUUAUCAAGUGCGAUAAGAGUUAUCUCAACCUCAAACGUGAUAGCUUUUCUUUAA